AUGCAAAUCAUUGAAUUGUACAAUUUAUUUUUAAUCAUUUUAUCCUAUAAUAUUUAUGCUCAAUAUAUAGAAACAUUACCUGAUCAUUUGAAUAGAUUCAAGUUUCCUGUUAGUUAUCUUUCAGAAAAACAUUACUUACCAGAUAUACUAUCAUCGUCGUCAUCAUCGUCAUCGUUGUCGUCAUCAUCAAAGGAAGGAGUGGUGGCAGUUCCAGAAACCUCUCUACCAGAAUUAACUUUAUCAUCUUCACCAGUAUUUCCAUCUUUUAUAAAAAAUAAAAUUCAACGUAAAUUUUCUGAUUUCCAUGAUAAAUUUUAUUUUGAUGAUGCAUCAGUACUGUCCGCUUCCAAUUCUUUUUCAUCAGUAAACAAUCUUCCAGUGAAUAGCAAAACUGUUAAUAAUAAUCCAACCACUAUUACUACUACUAACAAUAAUAAUAAUAAUAGUAGUAAUGAGAUUAUUAUUAAUGGAAUCAAUGAUAAUUUACAAACUUCUUAUUUAUGGAAAAAAGAGCAUGAAUUAAAUCCAUACAGACAGCGAAUAGUUCAACAAUCCCGACUACUGAAUCAGUAUACUGAUAAAAAACUAUUUGAUAAUACAAAAUCAAAAUAUAUAAAAUCUCCUACUUUUUCUUCAUCUUCAUUUCAACCACUUACAGCAUACCCUUCAGUAAUACAAAGACCAUAUAAUAAAAAUUUAUCCAAUUAUUUUGAUCAUCGUAAGCAACAAUCAAAGCAAAAAACUCAAUUCAAUAGGCAACAUCAACAAAAUCAAUCAGUUAAUUCAAUAAAAUUUAAACAGAAUAAAAGUAAUACAGAAGAUCAUAAACCUCAAAUCAAAGGACGUUGGUGGUUAGAUACUAUAGCUAAACUUCUACAUUCACAUCCAUUAACUCUAUCUGGUAACUCACGGAGUUUACAUAAUCCAAUCAUUGAAAUCUAUGCUGAAAAUAAUCAAUCACCAUCUAUUACAAUGAAUGCAGAAACUAUGAUACCAUGGAACAAAGUACAAGGAUUAAAUUAUCAGAAUGAAAGACAAAUUGUUCCAUAUGUCAACCACGAAAUUCAUACUGGUUCUACUAACAAUAAUAAUCAAAACCAUCAGUCAGUUUAUGGAUGGAGACGACAGAUUUUUGAUCCUAUCUCACAUGAUACAGCAUGGAUAGAGCAUCAUAUCAGACAACGUAUACAACGUUACAAACAAUGGUUAUCACCAAAACAAUGGAAACAAUUCUUAACAGAUGAUUCAACAACUAUUGGUAGUCGAAUAAAUGCACCGGCUAAAUUUAAUCUUGCUUUAUUUGAAGCUGCAGUGGUUGGUGUAAGACGUGCGGUAGCUGAAUGUCGUUAUCAAUUUCGUCAUGAAAGAUGGAAUUGUAGUCAAGUACUUGAUGAUGAAACUGCUUUAUUUGGAAAUAUUUUACUGAAAGGUAUACCACAAACUGCAUUUAUUUAUUCAAUUAUCAAUGCUGGAAUAGUUCAAUCUGUAGCUGAAGCAUGUUUAAAUCAAAUCGAUAAUUGUCCAUGUAAUAAUCGUGGUAGACAAGAACCAUUUUCAGAUUGGCAAUGGCAAGGAUGUGAUCAUAAUAUUCAUUAUGGUAAAAGAUUUUCACGACGUUUACUUGAUACAAUGGAACGUGGUUCACAUAUAAGAUUCGAAAUGAAUUUACAUAACAAUGGUGUUGGUCGACAAUUAGUUAUUAAAAAUAUGGAGCGUUACUGUCGAUGUCAUGGAACAAGUGGAUCGUGUACUUUGAGAACCUGUUAUCGAAGAACACCAAGAAUGAGAACACUUGGAACUUUGUUAAAACAUAUAUAUGAUCAUGAUUUAGUACAAGUUAAACUAGAUUCCAAUAGACUACGACCGAUACGUAGUAGCACUUACGAAGAAAAACUGGAGGCUUCUUCUUUAUCUACAUCAAACCAUAUUAAACAAUCAUACUUAGAUAAAGCUGUCAAAUUUAUACCAAAAAAACAAUUAACCCCAUUAUUAUUAUCAUCAUCAUCAACUAUAAACAAUGACAAUCAUUUAAAGAAAAAUUCUAAAAAAUCUAAUUUAAUUAUUAUUACCAACCCAGCAACUAUUCAUUCAUCAAUAUUAAUGAAACCAAAUAUUAAUAAUAAUAAUAAUAAUAAUUCAAUUCAUCCAUCAUUAUCCCAAUUAGUUUAUUAUGAAUAUAUAAAUGAGAAAGCAUUUUGUGAUUCUUAUCCAUUUUAUCAUAUAUUAGGUACAAAAGGUAGAUUAUGUAAUUCAUCAUCUAAUUAUAUGAAUAAUUGUCGUCAUUUAUGCUGUAAUCGUGGUUUCAUAACUCAUCAUUAUUAUAUAAUGGAAUCAUGUCAUUGUAAAUUUAUAUGGUGUUGUCGUGUUGAAUGUCAACAGUGUUUAGUUUUAAAAAAAGUUGAAACAUGUAUUUAAUUAUUAUAAUUAUACUACUUAAAAUGAAGGAUUUAAAGUAGUAUACAAAUUAUUAGAUGUUGAAAAUAAUUAAUCCCUUUUGAUAAAUUUGGAUAAUACCAGAAGAAGAUGAAGUUUAUCAGAAUUAUAUGAUAUAUAUGUAUUUGUGCAAUACAUUUCGAACAAUCUGAUUAUAUAUAAUAUACUUGUUAAGAACAUUUAUAUAUGAAAGAUAAAAGGUCAGCUAGACAAGUGAAUGAUAAGCCGUAUACAAAAACAAUGUGAUGAUCACUUUAGAUAAAUAAAUCAGGGUAGGGUUAAGGGUAAGAACAACCUGUUUUUGAACACAUAUAGGGGGUUUCAAUUUCCGUGUUCAAAAACAAUUUGUUGUUACCCUUAACCCUACCCUGAUUUAUUAACUAGAGUGAUCAUCACAUUGUGUUUUGUGUACGGCUUACCUUUCACCUGUCUAGCUGACCUUUUACCUUUCAUAUAGAAAUGUUCUUAACAAGUAUAUAUCAUAUAUGAUCAGAUUGUUUGAAAUAUACUUCUCAAAUACGUCACAUAAUUCUGAUAAACUUCAUCUUCUCAUUGUAUUAUUUCCUGUUUAUUAAUAAAUGUAAUGAGGUUAAAUACAUCGAGUUGGACUAUUUGACUUUCUACCUCGAAAAAUGUAUUCAAUAUUCAAUUGCCUUAAUUGAUAGGUUGUUUUGAUAAUUUUUUUUGUUUUUUCUUCUUUUCUGUUUAAUACAUACACACACACACACACAUAUCCUUUAUCAUUGUUAUUCUAUUGUGUUUUAUAUGAUAAAUGUUCGAUUGUCAUUAAUCAUAAUUGAUCAUUUUCAAUAAGAAUCAUAAAUUUUUAUUGGUUCCGCCUCUCUUUUUUUUUGUAUUAAGCCUCAUCAUGAUUUAAUUGUCAUGCACAAUAUAUUAAAAUAAGAACAUUCUUUUUGUAAUAUUAAAAGUAAUCCGCACAAAUAUACAUAUUUACCAUGGUGA